UGUGUGGUCGUUGGAUUAUAGAGACGGAAAGGAGAUUUAAGCGAUACUGCUGUGAUGGUCAGAGAUGGACAUAAAAGCGAGUAAAUUCCUUUGUCUUCCGAUGAGGCAAAGUUCGGUACACCUCAGCAUUGACCCCUAACUUAGCGACUGGCGAACAACCCAAGGAAGUCUCCGGCGGAUAACGUCGAUCUACAACGAGGAUUCGAAAUAUAACUUCUAAGGCAAUUGCGAAAAUUGAGCUCUUCUCAUAUCCACUGGACCACGGACACCGCCGUUAGGGAACACAGUCGCUCCAUUAGCCCAUCCGUCUGACCGUCGGACAAAUCACUCCAGACAUUGGAUUACGUUGAUCUAAGGCGCAUUUUGCAACAGCAAAGGGACUACAGGAAAGCCUUCUGAAGGAUUUCUUAUACUGCCGUGAGUUUUUGGGAUUUAAUCAGACACCCGGAUUCCUGAAUUGUGAAGAUGUGUUUUGUGUGUGUUGUGAUGGUGUCUGUCUGAUUGGACGUUACAUUUCCCUGUGUCCGUCCUAAUGUCCGCGCUGUGACACGUGACAGGAUGAUACUAGGGCAGUGGAUCAACUGCAUCCUGCUGCUGUUCCUGGUCUGGGCAGACUGUGGCCUAUCGGUCAAGUGGCUAGCUUUGUAUCAGAGUAAACAGAAGCCUUGGCAAGGCAACCAGAACUGUUCUAAAGCUUUCGGCAUGGUGAAACGACAGAUUAAAAUAUGUAAACAAAAUCUCGACCUAAUGGGCACUGUAUCACAUGCUGCCAUACUUACAAAAGACACAUGCGAGUCACAGUUCAGUGACCGGAGGUGGAACUGUUCAUCUAUCCAGAAGGCCCCUCGUCUUACACGUGACCUUGUGAGAGGUACUAGGGAGCAGGCAUAUCUUUACGCAAUAUCGUCAGCAUCUCUCGUGCAUUCUGUUGCACGUGCGUGCAGUAUAGGUGUGACGACAAAAUGCAGUUGUGGAGCUCUCCCUAACAGCCCCCCUCAUGGCGAGUUUAAGUGGGGAGGAUGUGGCGACGAUGUAAAGUUUGGACUUUAUCUUAGUGAAAGCUUUACAGACGCUUCUCUGUCAAAACGUGGUAAAAUUCGAACGUCUAAAAAGGCACAGAUGAAUCGCCAUAAUAAUGCGGCAGGUCGGAAGAUCGUGUCUGACAGCCUGACAAUGGCCUGUAAGUGUCAUGGUGUUUCAGGCUCCUGCUCCAUCAAGACGUGCUGGAAGGCCCUUCCCGAUUUCUCAGCCAUCGGGAGCAUAUUAAAACAGCGCUAUACAAGUGCUGUAGAGGUUAAAAGGAAACGACGGAAAGGCGUUAAAGUGUUCCUUCCGCAGAAUCCGAAAAUUUCAUCGAUAACGAAGGAUUCCCUGCUUUAUUAUACAAAGUCUCCGGACUACUGUAGUCCCGACCCGAAAACAGGGUCGGUGGGUACUAAAGGAAGGGUAUGUGAGAGGAACGGAGACGGUUGGGGAGGAUGUGAUACCAUGUGCUGUGGAAGAGGAUUCAAAAGUUUUUCUAUAGAAAUCACUGAACGUUGUGAAUGCAAAUACUACUGGUGUUGUUAUGUGAAGUGCAAGACAUGCAGAAAGACACUGCACUUAAACACUUGUCAAUAGGUAGUGAUCCAUGUGCUCAAAAGUGAUGGGACAUUUGUACUGUUUGUAUUAAUAUACGGACACUCAAGGACAUCUACAGGACAGUUUCGUAUUCACAAUAUUGUGUCAAACGCUGGAUUCAGAUUAACAUAAACUAUUAACACUGUGUGUUAUGCAGUCCGGUAUGAAAAAUGACAUGAUUAUAGUUCUAGUAGUUCCUGUGAAUUCUCCAAUUUUGAAAUCAACACAGAUGUUGAUAUCUAAAUGUAAGCUUGUUAAGUAUUCGUUAAUGACAAAAACUGUCGAAUGCCUGUUAGUAAUUUGCAUGUUAAUUUAUCCCUUUCGCUGAAGGUGAAAAAUAUGUCCUAAACUUAAACAUUUGUGAUAGUGUUAAAAUAGUAAUUCGUAUUGUAAUCAAAAUGAAAAUAUAGUGCAUGUCUCCUUAUCGAAACUGAUCCAACGUUAAAUAUCCACAAACAAUUUACUGAUUUAGUGCUGUGAUUAUAUAUCCCCUUAUGAACAUCUAGGAAAAUCUAGUGUUCGAGUUGAUAAAUGAUAUUGUGGACGGCAUAAGACAUUUUCUUCUUGGAACACCAAUAUUCGGCUCUGAGGACAUGUAAAUAAACUGCCAAAGAGUCAUAAGAAACUCAAAUGACGUUUAAAACAUCAAAGGCUAACAUUGGCCGAGUGAUUGUUAAACCACGUGACAACCUCCAGCAAUAGAUGUUUCCACGUCAUUCUAAUGGAUUAUACACAUUGUUUUAAUAGAAGCUGUUUAGAGACGGAGAACGACUGAUCUAGACAGGCUUUGUCCCUUCGAGGAUCAUGUGUCAGACGAUACAUCAAAGGGAUGAUACUGACAUUUACCCCUAAUUGAAGUAAUGGUUCUGUUCACAUGUUGUGGUAUAUAUUAGUAGGCGAUACUUAAUUUAUAACUAUGUGUAUAAUGCUGGAGAUCAUGUUGUUAUAUUUUUGUAUAUAAUGUCAUAAGCACAUUUACAAUGUUAAGUAUGAUUGUAAAAUUAUGUCACCCUAUGUAUAUAAGUGUACCUAAAGAAAUAAAUUAAUUAACUACUUGGCAAAUUUUGGUUACCCUGCUAGU